GGACUUAGCUCCGGUUAAGUUGGUAGAUCGGGUGGUUGGUUGCAGUCUGGGUGUACACGCGUCGACUCAGCCUCAAACGAGUACCUGGUGCGGUGUGUAAACAUCGCCACUGGGGAGACAAAGGCGGUCGAGCGUGGUGCUGGACACCUACCCCCUCGUGCGCCGUGCCAGCUUUCAAAGGGUCCACUCGACUUUCGAACGAGCGCCUGUUGCAGUGACACAAAAACACAAGUCUGAGAAGACAAAGGCGGCUGGGAGCGGUACCGACCACAUCACCCCAUCAUCGUCGUCCGUGUCCGGCCUUCCUAGGAUAUUUGGGCUUCUUUUUCCAGAGUCGUUCUUUCUCGUUUGCCGUUGCGAGGAGUCGUAACAUGAAAACUUUUGACCAAGCAAACCUGAGUUCGGUUUGACGGCGAUCCCAUCGAAGACCCCCCCACCCCACCGUGUCAUCCGGUUUCCGGGGAGGACGGAGUGAGACUUUAAUUUCCGCACCGAAUUCUCCGACUUUCAACUCAAAGUCCAUCCUCGUGAACGUCUUCUGAAAAUAAAUAAAUACAUACACCACACACACAACAUCUAUAUUUUCAUGCAUUGUUAAAAUGCCACCGAUAUCAUCAACCGUCUGAUCUCACCACGCAAAAACAACAACAAAUAAGGGUUAAGUUUAGCUUUGUGUUAAACGUCUUGGGGGUAGGCACACACACGGGUUAAAGCGCAGCUCCCACAAUCACCUGCUCGCAUCACUGCUGGGGGAAGUGGCCCGCACUAGAGGCUGCACUACAGAGCCCCUCUAGAUAUAUUGUUGUUGUUGUGAUGUUCUUACCACGUGGCCCUGCUGGACAUCUGUAAAAAUCGCUUUUUUAAAAUCCUUUAUAUUAAGUUCACUUGCUUGCUCGCUUGCGCGCUUACCGACCGUGCAAAUCUUUCGGUCGUUUUUUAACCCACUUCACCGUGAUCCAAUCGAGCUGAGAUUUUGCACACAGACUCGUUGUGCGUGACAAUUUAUUUUCGUGAAUUUUUUUUUCUCCAAAAUUUUACACUUUUUAGGAAAAAAUUAAUUAUAUUUAAUUACCAAUUGCUUAAUGGUGGCAGGCAAUCAUCUGACCCAUAGGUGGCAGCCAUCUCAAGCCAGAGGACGAGAGGACUCUAGCCGCCACGCAUAUAAAGGAUUUAUAGUGAAAAACUUAGUUUUUACGGGUUAAUUUUUUAGCCCAACCAGAUUCCUCCUGCAGUAUAAAUCCACAUUCUGAUUCUGAGAUUGGAUGAAGGUUGGAGCUCCAUGUGACACCGAACACGUUGCACAGGUCCCCGUUAUCGAGAUUCGCUUCCACAAUGUGAUUCUUAGACGUGCAUUUAAAAUAUCUUGACGCACGAAACAAGUGGACACGGCUUAAGUUAACAACGUACAGCUAUUGCUUGGGUUUAUUUUUGUUUAAAUAUUAUUUUUCUUGAAGUGUCUACAGCUUCAGUCGGCAUUCGGACAUGAGCGAGUCACGUGACCAACAGCCAUACUUCACCCCGAUUCAGAGUAGCAACGCGCAGAGCGUUAUGGAGACGGCCGGCAACUUCAUGAGCAUGCUGAGCCAGCCUGGGUUCAACCACCAACACCACCACCACCAGCAGCAGCACUACCACCACAACCAUCACAACAGUGGAAAGCAAUAGCCACGGUGUGGACAAUGUUAAUGCUUUGACCAUUGAUGACGAGGAUGGAGGUGGUGGUGGAGGAGGAGGUGAUGGUGGUGGUGGCAACGAUGCCUCCUCCACCUCCAAUCGGAGAUCUUACAUCGACGAUGGCAACAGCAGCAGCAGCGGCAGCAGCAGCGGCAACAGCAGCAGCAGCAGCGUCCUGGAUUCGAUUCUCUCCCACGUGAACUCAAGAAUGGAGCCGAACGACGUUCAGCAACAGCAUCAGCAUCAUCAUCAGCAUCAUCAUCAGCAGCAGCAACAUGAUCUGCAGGAUCAGCAACAACAGCAUCAUCAUCAUCAUCAGCAGCAGCAGCAGCAGCAGCAAGGGAAGAGUCGGAGGAGGAAGGAUGCGGGAGGGUUAAGAAACCCGGACAAGGCGAGCGACGAAUAUCGACGGCGACGCGAACGUAACAACGUGGCCGUUCGGAAGAGUCGCUUCAAGAGCAAACUGCGCGCAGCGGAGACUCUGAGAAGGGCGGCCGAGCUGCGCGCCGAGAACGAUCGGCUCACGGCCAGAGUUCGCCUCCUGUCCAAGGAGCUGAGCGUCCUACGGGGUCUCUUUGGCGAGAAGGAGCGGCGAGGUGGCGAUGGGGGCGGUGGUGUCGGCGAUGAGUUCGCAUCGGCUGGGCUCGGAGGAGAGGUAUCGGAUGAACUCGCGGUCUGCCAGCACCGCAGUGCCAUGCUGCUGCAAGAGGCGUGCAAGGAGGAGGCGGACGAUGAUUUGGUGGUGAGCGAGAGGAUGGCUGACGGCGGUGGCAACGAUGGUGGAGGUGGCGGCGGCGGUGGCGAGGUGGUGGGACGAGGGAGAAAGUCACGAAUUCACGACAGCGUGCUCAAGCGAGAACACGACCUCCACGUUCACGGGAGGGUGCAAUACCAAGACCAACAAGGUGUCACACCGGCCGUGAACUUCUUGCAGCAACAUCACCACCACCAUCAGCACCAGCAGCAGCAGCAUCAGCACCAUCAGCAGCAUCAGCAGCAGCAGCAACAUCAUCACCUUCACGAGAUGCAAAGCGGACGCGGCCUGCAUCCGGCUCACGGACACGUUUCUAGUGACCUCCACGAUUUGCUCUUCCCACCUCCCGCACCUCUCUACCUCGGAGGUCCUCACCGCGAUUUCCUGCUGGGUCCGUCAGCGCCCUGGGCGGCUCCGCACAGGCAAAGCCCGGCGCGCGCCGUCGUCGCGGCUGCCGCGGAUUUCUGCGCGGCCUCCGCGGAUUUCUGCGCGGCUCCGUCCGAAGUCGGAGGCGCGCCGAGGCACGCGUACGGCGACGAGUGAGCGUCAUCUCGUGGCCACGAGGAGGCGGUGAUUGGUGGUGGUUGUGGUGGUGCUGAUGAUGAUGAUGGUGGUGAUGGUGAUGAUGUGGGGGAGCCGUGGCGUAGCAAACAGCGCGCCGCGCCACGAGACCCCGAGAUCGAAUUCCGGCUCACGGUUACCAACAGCGGUGACGAUUUUUUGAACUGGUCAUGGGCCUGGGUCGACUCAGCUUCAGAUGAGUACUCUGCAUGGAGCGCGAUGUGGAAAGAUCGCCACUGGGAAGACAAAGGCGGACGGGAUUGGUGCUGGCCACCCGCCCCCUCGUGUGCCGUGCCGGCCUUCAUAGGUGCUCGCGAACAGCACUUGCCCCAACAGUCUGUGAAGGCUACACGGGUAAUCUUUGUCUUUGAAGAUGAUGAUCGCAAGUUCAGAACAAUGAUUUAUUAUUAUGACGAUGAUGGUGGUGCUGAUUGUCGAACAAAAUAGGAACGAUGACGGUGAUGGUGAUGGUGAGAGAGACACUUAAGAAUUGUAAUGAUGGUGUUUGUGGCGUUCGUGGUAAACACAUUUGAACGAUGAUGAUGGUUGAUGGUGGUGAUGAUCAUACACUAGGAACAACAAUGAUGAUGAUGGUCAUACACGCGAUUAUGGUGGAUGACGCUCAGCAAUAAGGAACAACUGGUGAUGAUGAUGAUGAUACAAGUGAUGAUGAUGAUGAUGGUGAAAAACUAUCGAAAGGCAGAUGUUUGCGAUGGUGGUCAUGGGUAGUGGAGUACGGGGUUGUUGAUGGUGGUGAUUAAAAUCUGAAAUUGUGUUUCUGUACGUGAUGGGGGAUGAUGUAAAGGAGAGGUGAUGAUGAUGGAUGAUGAUGAUGAUGGAUAUUGUCGAGAUGAUGUAUAUUUGUGGACGAAAGCGAUAAUGAUGGUACUAUUGAUGGUGUUGGCAAUGAUGGUCGUGUUGGUGGUGACAUUGACGCUGAUAAUGGCAGCGGUGGUGUGAUUGUUGGUUGAUGCGUGUAGCUAUGAUGCCUUUACGAUGGCGAUGAUGGUGAUGGUACAAGCACCCAAUACAGAGAAUCCGCAUGAUCGUCCACCAUCAUCUUCGUGUCUAAGUGUUGGCAAUUUCUCGUAUCAUCUCACGACCGAUGAAAAGAACGCACGCCACGUGGUGGUGGUGGUGGCGAUGCAAAUUUGCGACCACGGCGGAAACUGGCAGAAGAAAGGAACCGGUAAACUUGGUGUGAUUCCAGCGGUACGGUGUUCGCUCCUCGUUCUCGGAGAGAGAGAAAGAAAGGUGGAUGACUCAGAGAGAAAAAGGGGGAUGACUUAGAGAGAGAGGACGACUUGAGAGAGAGGGCGACUCAUAGAGAGGGGACAACUUGGAGAGACUUUUGACUUUUAAACAACUUUUAUUGCCGCCAGCAGCAGCAACAGCACUGGAGGCGAUUCCGAUACGAAAUACACAAAGUCACCAGCAAACAAAUGAAAAUAAACAAAAGCUAUAAAUCCACGCGCUGUGGAGCUAAAUGCACCGCGCACAACACGAAAGAAAAGUCACGUGGUGGUGGUGGUGGUCACAACUUGGAGAGAGAGAGGACGACUCAGAGAGAGAGAGAGGGCGACUCAAGAGAGAGAGGACGACUUGAGGGAGACAGAGGGGCGACUCAGAGAGAGAACAACUCAGAGAAAGAGAGAGGAUGACUCGGAGAGAGAGAGGAGACGACUCAGAGAGAGAGGAUGACUCAGAGAGAGAGACGGGACGACUCAGAGAGAGAGGGGACAACUCAGAGAGAGAGAGGGACGACUCAGAGAGAGAGAGAGAGGGGACGACUCAGAUGCGCUGGGAGAUUGAACCACAGACGAUUGGGAAGGCAGCAGCAACAGCAGCAGCUACGCGUUGACGAACCGGCACUACCUACCAUUGUCCAAGUUCUACGGUCCUCUACAUAGCAAGGUGUUAUCGUCCGACGAAUGGAUGUGCACCCGUCGAGGAGGAAACCGCAGUGACUCGGUUUGUUUGUGUUUCAACAUCUUGCUGUACCGCCAUCUCCUGGCGAGUCGGGGUACGGCUCGUUCCUCUCGUCGUCCACCCCACGGGGGAGGGAGUGCAGGACACCGUCUGUGUUGAGAGCGCGUGCGUGAUACAUCAACCAUUGCCGGUGCAUCCAGAGUGCUGCAGUACAGUCGGCCACGUGCGUAGUCAUCGCCAUCGCCUCGACAUCAUCAUCAUCAUCAUCGUCUUCUUGGUUCUUUCGGUAAAGUCACGUAGAAGGGAAAUAAUAAAAGAAUAAAACAUAAUAAAAUAAUUCUCACGACGUUUCGGCCACAACGCAAGCAGCCGUCCUCAGGUGAAGACCAGGUCUGUCGGGGAGACAGCGUCUGAAUGAAAAGACGUUAAUACAAAUAAAACAUACAAUAAUUCUCACGACGUUUCGGCCACAACGCAAGC